GCUACGGGGGAGGGGCAGGGGCCGCGCGUUCGGGAGCCACGGUCCGCGCUCGGGUCCUUCCUUCGUCCGAGAUUUCCCCCGUGUGGUCGGGAUCUUCGGGGCUGUUGCGCCGGGCUCCCCGGGGAGGCUGCGGCGAGAGCGGGGGCCCGCAGAGCGCGGCCCGGCGGGUUCCGAGCCCUCCGCGGCGUCGGGCCCCUGUCCCGUCCCCGGGGAUCUAGACAGAGCCGGGCAGGCAGCUCGGGCGAGGGGCGCGGAGGAGCCGGGACCCGGCCUGCGGGCGGGGCGGAACCGCUGCUGCUGCCAGGGAGGCGGGAGGCCCGGGCCGCUCUGGAUGGUGGCGAAAAUGAUCAUAGAAAACUUCGAGGCGCUGAAAUCCUGGCUCAGCAAAACCUUGGAGCCCAUAUGUGAUGCAGAUCCAUCAGCCCUAGCUAAAUACGUUCUUGCCCUGGUAAAGAAGGAUAAAAGUGAGAAAGAGCUGAAGGCAUUAUGUGUUGAUCAGCUGGAUGUAUUUCUUCAAAAGGAGACCCAGAUAUUUGUUGAAAAACUUUUUGAUGCUGUGAAUACAAAGAGCUAUCUACCUCCGCCAGAGCAGCCAUCAUCAGGAAGCCUAAAAGUUGAAUUUUUUCAACACCAAGAAAAAGACACAAAAAAGGAAGAGAUAAUUAAAGAGGAAGAGCGAGAAAAAAAGUUUUCUAGAAGACUAAAUCACAGUCCCCCUCAGUCAAGCUCUCGGUACCGAGAAACUAGAAGCCGCGAGGAAAGAAAAAAAGAUGACCGUUCUCGCAAGAGAGAUUAUGACCGUAACCCCCCUAGACGGGAUUCAUAUAGAGACAGGUACAACCGAAGAAGAGGACGGAGUCGGAGCUACAGCAGGAGUCGAAGCAGAAGUUGGAGUAAGGAACGAUUGCGGGACCGGGAUAGGGACAGGACCAGGAGCAGAAGUAGAAGCAGAACACGAAGCAGAGAAAGAGAUUUGGGAAAGCCAAAAUAUGAUUUGGAUAGAACAGAUCCAUUAGAAAACAAUUAUACUCCAGUUCCGUCUGUAACAAACAUUUCAUCUGGCCAUUACCCUGUCCCCACACUGAGUAGCACUAUUACAGUUAUUGCUCCUACUCAUCAUGGUAAUAACACUACUGAAAGUUGGUCAGAGUUCCAUGAAGAACAGUUGGACCACAACUCAUAUGGAAGACCUCCACUGCCAAAGAAACGUUGCAGAGACUAUGAUGAAAAGGGUUUCUGUAUGAGAGGAGACAUGUGUCCCUUUGAUCAUGGAAGUGACCCAGUUGUUGUAGAAGAUGUGAAUCUUCCUGGCAUCCUGCCUUUUCCAGCACAGCCCCCUGUUGUUGAAGGACCACCUCCGCCUGGACUUCCUCCCCCGCCACCAAUUUUAAGUCCUCCACCUGUUAAUCUUAGACCGCCAGUGCCACCUCCAGGCCCUUUACCACCUAGUCUUCCACCUGUUACAGGACCACCUCCUCCACUUCCACCUUUACAACCUGCUGGCAUGGAUGCUCCUCCAAACUCAGCAACCAGUUCCGUUCCCACUGUUGUUACAACUGGUAUUCAUCACCAGCCACCUCCUGCUCCACCAUCACUGUUUGCAACAGACACAUAUGACACAGAUGCCUAUAAUCCUGAAGCUCCAAGUAUAACGAACACUUCAAGGCCCAUGUACAGGCACAGAGUGCAUGCCCAAAGGCCUAAUUUGAUAGGACUUACAUCAGGUGAUAUGGAUCUGCCCCCCAGAGAAAAACCUCCGAAUAAAAAUAGUAUGAGGAUAGUGGUGGAUUCUGAGUCCAGGAAAAGAUCAAUUGGCGCAGGGGAUGGAGGAAUUCCUACAAAGAAGGCUUGGUUUGACAAGCAAAACUUUAACAGAACAAACAAUCCUGGUUUUCAGAAGAAGGUGCAGUUUGGAAAUGAGAAUACGAAGCUUGAAUUGAGGAAAGUUCCACCAGAACUUAACAAUAUCAGCAAACUUAAUGAGCACUUCAGCAAAUUUGGAAACUUAGUCAAUUUACAGGUAGCUUAUCAUGGUGAUCCAGAAGGUGCCCUUAUCCAGUUUGCCACCCACGAAGAAGCAAAGAAAGCUAUAUCAAGCACAGAAGCAGUAUUAAAUAAUCGCUUUAUUAAAGUCUAUUGGCAUCGAGAAGGCAGUGCUCCACAAAUGUCAGCUCCCAUGCAGAAGGUAAUACAGCCUUUAGUUCAGCAACCCAGUUUACCAGUAGUGAAGCAGUCGGUCAAAGAGCGAUUAGGUCCUGUACCGGCAAGUAAUAUUGAGCCUGCAGAGGCUCAGAGUGCCAGUACAGAAGUUGCUCAGAAUGUGACUAAAUUAUCGGUGAAAGAUAGGCUGGGUUUCGUGUCAAAACUGCCUGCUCCAGCAACAGAGAAGGUAUUGUCCACGUCUACUGGCUUGACAAAAACUGUAUACAAUCCUGCUGCUUUGAAGGCAGCACAGAAAUCUUUGCCUGUUGUUUCCACUUCCAUUCUAGAGUCCAAUGAAGCACAGAAGAAAAAACAGGAAACACUAAGACUUCAACAAGAUGUGAGAAAGAAAAAACAGGAGAUCUUAGAAAAGCACAUUGAAACACAAAAGAUGCUGAUUUCAAAGCUGGAGAGGAAUAAACCUAUGAUGAAGUCAGAAGACAAGGCAGAAAUAAUGAAAACUCUGGAGACUUUGACUAAUAGCAUUACCAAGUUAAAGGAUGAAUUAAAAGGUGUCUCAUCUGGAGGUGCUCCUCUGAAAAGCUUGAAAACUAAGGCUCAGAUGCAGAAAGAAUUACUGGAUACUGAGCUUGAUUUGUACAAGAAGAUGCAGGCUGGUGAAGAAGUGGCUGAACUAAGAAGAAAGUACACAGAACUGCAGCUUGAAGCUGCAAAACGAGGGAUUCUUUCUUCAGGUCGUGGUAGAGGAAUUAAUGCACGAGGUCGGGGUGCAUCACGUAGCAGAGGCAGAGGAAUACGAGGCCGGGGUCGUGGAAGAGGGGUUCCAGUUCAUGCAGUAGUGGAUCAUCGACCGAGGGCGCUGGAGAUUUCUGCAUUCACAGAAAGUGAUAGAGAAGAUCUUCUUCCUCAUUUUGCGCAAUAUGGUGAAAUUGAAGAUUGCCAGAUAGACGACUCUUCUCUCCAUGCAGUGAUUACUUUUAAGACUAGAGCAGAAGCUGAAGCUGCUGCUGUUCACGGAUCUCGAUUCAAAGGACAGGAUUUGAAGUUGGCAUGGAAUAAGCCAGUUAUUAAUAUGUCUGCUGUUGAAACAGAAGAAGCUGAACCAGAUGAAGAGGAAUUUCAGGAAGAAUCCUUGGUGGAUGACUCAUUGCUUCAAGAUGAUGAUGAAGAGGAAGAGGAUAAUGAAUCUCGUUCAUGGAGAAGAUGAUUCAACUGAUCAGAGAAAGUGCUGGAACUGUACCUACAUUGCAUUAGUAUUACCUAAUGUACUUUUGCUUGUUUGUACUAAAAGGUUUUUUGGUAAAUGUGAUGAAGUUGGAUUUCAGAAAUAGACUAAAAAGCAGCUGAUCAAUCCUGUAUUUUGCCAGAUUCAUGUUUGAGUUGUUUCAGUAAAUGAUUGCUAAAGACAUCUUAUUAGGAACAUAUGCAAUGUUUUUAUUACAUACUUCUCCUGAAAGUUAGAGAAUUCUUUGGAUUCUUUGUAAUUUAAUGAAUUGGUCGGAAAAAAGACCAAGAGUUGUUAUAACAUAGAUAAUUUUUGUUCUAUUCCAGAUAUGGAAUGAAAAUUUGCAUUUAAAAUCUUUGUGAAUGUUUUCAGAAAUGAAUAGAUAACAGUACUAAACUGAAGUCUCUAAAGUUAUGUAUUCAUAAUAUUGCAUAGUAGUAUGCUUAGGCUUUACUAUGUACUAGCCUUUUGUUGGAUUUGUGUACGUAUUUUACGUAUGGGUUUUAAUGAAACAGUGUAUGACUGCUUUGCAUAUAAGUCCUUAUGACUUUAAGAUGUUUAAAAAAAUAAAUAAAUGGAAUGGUCUUUAAAAAAAAAAAAAGAAAAGAAAAAAAAAAAGAAAAAAAGCAAUAACCAAAAAAGCUAAGACAAUGGCCCUUGAAAAUGGAAAAAAAUAAAAAAGGAAAGAAGAAAGACCAUUCCAAAUGGUGACCUCCCCACCCCCACCCCCAUACUCACAAAAGGAGCUAUAAUCACUGUCUUUUUUUUUUUUUUACAUCAACGUCCUAUUGAAUAUAUAAAAAAAACUACUAACUUGAAAUGUGAAGUCUCAUUUUUAGGUGAUAUACAAUUGUAUUUUAGUAUAUGGUUUUGCUGCAUAAAAGCCUUGGAAACAUAUUUUAAAUUUUAAAACUGAUAACGUAAUUUAAGUCAAACUGCUUCAAAUAGAAUAACAUUUAAUGAAUAAGAAGAACAUUUGUAUGCAUAUACUGUGGACCCACAGAAGAGAACUUGAUCCCACAAAGAUAUGUGCACUAAAGAAAUAUAACAGAAGAAUACAUUAAGAAAAGUGAAUGGUAGGUAUUCUAGUCUUUAGAACUUUGAGCCUAUAUAUUAAUAUAUCUCCUUUGUCCUCGCAAAGAUUUUUUUUUCCAUUUUAAAACUACAUUUGGGAAAAUGAUCAGUCCAUACUAUGGUCUGUUCAUUUAGUUACUUUUUAAAACUUAUAAAUGUGAGAAAUGCUAAUAGAACUGAGAGCUUGCAGAAAUACUAAAUACGCACUUUUUCCACAGGGCACUAUCUUCUACAUUGGUUUCAUAGGCUUGCAGUUCUUCUCUUUUUAGAAAAACCCUAAGAUUUAGCCCUGUAGAAAUAGAGUAACUCCUAUACCCAAAAGAAAGUGUUUCACCUUCCUUAAAGUAGCAUUCUGGCUCCUCCUCAGGUCUCUUGUAGGCAUAUCUGCUAUUGGAGCCUUGUGUAUCCAUCAGCCCACAAAUAAGUGUAAUAUAUAUCCAAUACACCUCUCAGCAGACAGGUGCAGAGGUGGUAGUUGGAUCUUGUAAUAUUUUUCUCUGUGCAGUCUUUAUUUAAUUGGGAGCAAAUUACCACCUCCCCUUAAGUCUUUUCUUGGAACAUUAUUACUCUGCAGGCAGCCCUUUUAUUCGUAAAAUAGGAGAUGAAGGGAAAUGGAAGUAAUAUCAUCCCUGAGGUAAGAGGGUCCUUCAGAGUAGCUUUCUAAAUUGGUGGUCUGAAGGGUUUUUUGGUGUGUGUUCUGUAGUGUUCUAAAUGAGCUAUUCUGGUUCAUUUAGUAAAUACAUACUUUUCAACUUUUUAUUUUUUAAUUAUUUAGUACUUCUGAAGGGUGCCAGACUGAAAUGUUGGAGACUGAAGAGUUGUGUUUUUUCACAUAUCAGUUCUGCAAAUGAAUUUUGCUAGUAUGAAACACCAAGAAUAGUUGCCUUGUUUUUUCCAGUAAACUUUUGCCGACUUCUAAGGAAAAAGAUGUGUCAGGAUUUCGUUUUUCCAGUGGGCUUGUAAUGCUGAGAGCCUAUUGAUGUCUUUGGAACUGCGUAUUACCUGAUCCUCUAUUACUUUGUUACUGAUGUGGUCAUAUGUUCCUGACCUCCACCGUACGCCAAUACAGUAAUUCAGCUUUUUGCCUUUCUCUGACCAAGGUUGUGCAAGGUUACAUCCUGCAAUGUUAGCUGCACAGGUGUAUGAACAGUAUAUUACCCUUUCCUAUCAGCAGGUGGAGAGACAUAAAACUGAGGAAGUCAUUCUUAAGACUUUCUUCUUAAAAUAGAAAUCAUGUAUCUAUUGCAGCAGUUUCCCUCAUACUUCAGCCUUUUUGCGAUAUAUAUUGGAAAAAUGUUUCUCAUGAAGCCACUAAUAAUACGUACUUCAUUUAUUCAAUACAUUUUACAAAGACUAAUUCUCAGAACACCCGUCUGUUGUAGGUGCUGGCUCGCAUGUGAAUUUUUGUUGGAAGCUUGUCAGCAAUUUAUUUUCUUAUAAAAAGCAGAUCUGUUUAUAUCACCAAAUCUAUUAAGAAAAAGGAGGAUAUUAAACUAGAGGUAUAACCCCUCUUGAUAAGCAAUGGUAGGACUAUCUUUAACAGCUCACUUUGAAUAUUAGAUGUGAAAUCCACUUCAGGCAUUUGGAAGCUGGUUCUUUUCUGGUCUUGGAUGGGCAUCAAAGCAGUUCCUCUGUUUUAUCAAUAAAUGGUGACUCAUGCUUUUCAUAGGCUUCCAUAGUGCCCUUCUAACUGUAAAGGAAGAAGGAAGUACUAUCAAAUUUCUCCAAAAUGUUUUCCUAAUGAUCUUCAGCUAGAUGGAAGGUUGCUUUUCUCUGAGGCAAACUAAGCCUUCUCUCUAUACAAUAAUUUGCUUUCUACAAUCUAUGAAACUUGUCUUAUCUCACUAAAGACCACAAAUUAUUCUUCAAUUUAUAUAGACUUCCGUUUAAUAAAAAAAUAUUUGAGCCAAAUUCUGUUUUCUGUGUGUG